GGUCGACUCCCACCUGAUCUCGCCUGCCUUCCAUCUUUGAGGACAUGUAUUACGAUUGUUAGAGUGGUCACUUGAAUAUCUUGUCAACAUAAAGGACAAUCUUCGUUGUGAAUUAAAUGUACAAAUAUGGCGGAGGCUUCCUUUGGAAGUACAAGCCCAGUUGGCUCUCUGUCUUCAGAAGAUCAUGACUUUGAUCCGACAGCAGAGAUGUUGGUCCAUGACUAUGACGAUGAGCAAACUUUGGAGGACGAGGAGAUGCAGGAGGAAGGGACAAGCGUCAGCGCUGAAAUAGCAGAUUUGGAGAAGGAGGGCAACAUGCCACUGGAGGAGCUGCUGGCUAUGUAUAGAUACGAAGCAUCAAUUGGCACCGCUGGAGGGUCCAGUGUGGGCGGCUCUUCUGUUGAACUUACGGACGAGCUACCUGAUAUGACAUUAGAUAAAGAAGAAAUAGCAAAAGAUCUUCUGUCAGGUGACGAUGAAGAAACGCAGUCCUCAGCUGAUGACCUCACACCCUCGGUGACAUCCCAUGAAACCAGUGAUUUCUUCCCCAGAACACUACGUUCUAAUGCUAUUUACGAUGGAGACAAGGAAUCGGAGGGUGAGGAAGAUGGUGUGUGUCCUGAGGACACCAGGAAGGAAAUCAUGGUCGGGUCCCAGUAUCAAGCUGAAAUCCCUGCCCUUGUCUGUUACUACGAUGCCAAUGAAAAAGUGUAUGAGAAUGAAGACCAGUUGCUAUGGCAACCUGAUGCCCUGCCAGAGCAGACGGUGAAAGACUUCCUGCAUGACACUUCCGCCCUAGUAGUUAAUGGGAAGGUGGGGCCUGCGCUGGAGAGUGGUCUCGUUCAAGACAACGAGCAGGCCUUGUAUGAGCUUGUGAAGUGUAACUACACCGUCCAUGAUGCACUGGAGCGUUAUCGCCGGAGUGAAAAGUCCUCUGAGGGUGAAAUGCCUCCCUGGUCAGAAGAAGAAUGCAGAAACUUUGAACUUGCGCUCCUCCUUUAUGAGAAGAACUUUCACCUCAUCCAGAAACACAAGGUGAAUACAAGGACAGUCGCUGAAUGUGUCGCCUUCUACUACAUGUGGAAAAAGUCGGAACGAUUUGACUUCUUUGUCCAACAGAACCGGUUUGGGAAAAAGAAGUAUAGCAGCUACCCUGGUGUAACGGAUCUGAUGGACAGGCUGGUGGAUGAGGCUGAAGGCUUGGUGGUAGACGGGUCGGCCUCUGUGUGCUCCAGUAGCAGUGGAGGAGGUCGGAUGGAGUACUCGGCAGAGCACCAGCUCAACCUCCUUAACUCUAUCACGGCCAGCGACCUCUCUGUGUUGACCAGCAGUGUGGCGUCUGUAUGUAACCCGUCUGACGUGGGCUGCCUGGAGUCCUACAGCUUUCCUACGUUAGAGGGCCUCCACCGGGGCUCCCUGAGCCAUGACGAGUCCCUGGGAUUCAUCCCCAAUGGCGCAGGAGACCCCGACUGCAUCAACCUGCUGGACGCCGGCUUCUACCACUCCGACCUGGGUCAGUUGGCCUCCUGCACAGACGACUACGACAGACCCCCCUCCAAGCGCCUCAAAAUGAGCUUGCCCGAGGCCACUGUAGAAAAUCUGGGCCUGGAUUCUGAGGCACGCCCGCAUCCUAUCACGAGCAGCAAGGUGGCAGUUUCGGUGACAGACUUUGGCAGCCUAGUGACCGACGAGGCCAACGGCUACAUUGGAACACGACCAUGCACACACAAGACACCGGUACAGUCGAAGUGAAUGGUUGCUAGGUAACCGUGUGAGAACGGCUGCGCCACAUCACACCACUUCUCCCUCCCUACUUUAUGAUGGAGCCCACCAUCAUCUGUGUACAUAUUUGUUCAUUGGAGAUUAUAUUUAUUGUGUGUGUGUGUGUGUGUGUGUGUGUGUGUGUGUGUGUGUGUGUGUGUGUGUGU